CUCCGGAUGCGGCUGCCACUCAGGCUGCCGACAAGCUCCUUGGGAGCCCUGCCAGGAAGAAAAUGAAGAAGUCCAAGAAGGUGCUGAAGAAUGAGUCACCUGACAGGAAACAACGGACUGAUGCGAGCAAUAAAAAUUCCAAUUUUCACAUUUUUGACAAAUUGAGGGAGUUGUACGUGGAAUUGUCGGCAGAAGAUGCGGAUUUCCAGCACACCAGUCUGGGCCGCAAGACAUCCUUUCUGCUGGACAAAUUGGUGGCUAAGGAGAACCUCAAUACGCUGAUACUGAAUCUGUAUCCGGGUAACAAGGGCUACUCGUUGGCAUUCAAGGGGGAUGUUGAGGUGCUUGAUGUGGGCAAUCACAUGAUGGACUGCAAUCCGCAGACACGUAAGGCGCUCGCAGCGCCAAAGGAGAAGAUUCAGGAGACAAUACGGUGGCCUUAUGAGGAAGAGGAUCUCCUCGAGUGCAUUGACAAUGAGACACUGCCCCUUGUGCUAGUUGAUCUGUUUCAGACCAAGUGUCCCAAUCUCUUCUACUGUGGAUGUGUGAUUGUGGAAGUUAGGGACUAUCGACAGUCCUUUCCCAUCUACACAUGUGAUACAUAUCAUGUGCUACUGCGACCAACAAAUCAAACUCUCCUGGCUGAUGUCAAUAGUCUGACGAGUCAGGGGCAGUGGACGCAUGAGGAGAAAUUGGCAUUGGAGAGUCAAUUGGUGUUGGCUACAGCAGAACCACUGUGUUUAGAUCCAAAUCCAGCCAUUGGUAUUCACGUGAUCAAUAGUCAGCAUCAACGACGGAUGUUCAAUACCAAGGAUAUUCGGCGUAAGACGAAAAAAUUCACCCAAGUCAGUAUAAAUAGAAAACGGAAAACUGAUCAAUUUACCCAUCACUAUGGACUCGAUCUCUAUGACUACAUGUCGAGAUUUAGACAGAGGUCCAGACAUAUGAAGGCAAGUAGUACCACCACAUCAUCAAAUGCUCUCAGCUCCAGCUCCUUCACCAAUUCCAUGGCAUUCCGUCUGCAUCAGCAGCAGAAGAAGACGUCAGAUGGGGUGACGGCAGUUCAACAACCGCCAGUCCCAUCACCCUAUUUGGGUUUUCCGCCCCUUCAGCCGCCCGCCGAAGUCAAUGUGAAUAAAUUUGCCAGGGCAUAUGAGAGGCCCAAGGAGACAAAGGACUGCAUGCCACAGCUCAUUGAGGAAUACAUCCUGGAGACUGAGCAUUUGGAGACGAAUCAACGGAGAAGACUCUACUACAUUAAAUUGUCAAUCUUUCAGCGUCCGGCUAACAAUGAAUAUUUGGGAAAGUUGUAUGUGGACAAGGAUUACCGAGAGAAUGUUCGCAAUGGGGAAGCAUGUUCUUUCACACUGGGUACACGAGCCAAUGCCAAUAAGUACAUUCAGCAAUUUACAGAGAUCAUCACAGAAGAGGGAAGGCUAAGGGUGAAGAUAACUCAUUUGGUGCCUGGACAACCACCAAGAGUGACGUGUACGGUGGGCGUACAAGAGCAACCCCAGGUAAAUCACCGGCAGGAGACAAUCAAUCAAUACCCACCGGCUUUUAGUGAUGCAGUCGAACAGAAUUCUGCACCACAGCCAUCAGCUCCAGUUCCAACCCCGGCGGCUCAACAUUUAACCAAUCCCACCCCAUCCGGCUCUAUUAUGGUGUUCCAGCAGCAAGGUGGGGUAUCAAACUUCCUCCCAAUUCGCCAAAAUAUCCUGCCCAGCGAGAUGGGAGUGCAGAUUCAGCGAACGCAGCAAGUUGUGCCAAUUGCGGCUAAACCUAACCUCACAAAUCCCACAAUAAAUGCAAUUGUGACGAAUUUGAUAAGUUCAGAGCCACCAGCAACUGUACAGGGAGAUCUAACUUAUGGCAGUAGUCCCAGUAAGUCUUCCAACAACUCCACAAUCAUCAAUUUGCUGAAUUCGGCUCCGGCAGCAAUGAAUAUCUCCAAUGUCAACAGCUUCCUGUCGCCGCCGGCCUAUAAGGAACUCACGGGGGCCACGGAGGUGGUCGAGGGCAAGGUAAAACCCGCCCCCAAGGUGGCCCCCGUGACCAAAGAGCCCAUUGGACUGCAGCAACACAUCAAACUCCAGACUCAUCCAAUCCCAUCGACCCUUGUGUCACAGCUCGUAUCCCCACCGCUCACAGUCACCACGGCUGAAGAGCUGAAGCGACAAGCGGCAUCUGGGACAGCUGUAGCAAUUGCCGGAAAUGCCACACUCAAACGACAGCCACAGCAGCAACUAUUGAUUGCAGGAAGUGCCUGCAAUAAGAUCAGUCUAAAGCCACAGGGAAAUUGUCAACCUCAGAAGAUUUCCACAAAAUUGAGUUUUCCAGUGACAGAAUUGACGGGAUUGCUGGCAGCUGCACCAGCUACUCAGGAAAUACACACACUUGCCCAGCAGCCAAAUCAGGCGAGUGUGGCCUUUGCACAACCCAAGCAAUUUACCAAUCUCCAUCAGAGCCUUCAGUCACCACCAGCGGCAACACCACUCGCCAGUAGUCCAUCGACACUGCCCCAGCAAACCACCACAACGCUCAAUCUUCAGGGUAUCAGUCUGUCGAGUCUCCAGAAUGCCAUGGCCACGAUUCCGGGCACCUUCCAGAAUGUUCAGAUCCAGAUACCAGGACUGGCGCAGUCACUGUCGUUGCCGCUGGGCGGAGGCGCAGGGACAACUUUUGCCACGGCUACGAGUCAAGCCACUGGACUCCUCGUCAAUACCGUACACUCGGGUACGCUCAAUAAUAUCCCAGGAUCUGGAACGCAAACGGUGGUCCUCACAAAUUCAGCCACGGACUCUGGGGCUUCCAUGCUGUCGCUGCCUCUGGCUCAUGUUGUCACCACGGGUCUCAAGAGCAUCAAUCACCCAAAUCUACGUUCAAAUUUAGCCGCAACGGCCAGCACUAGUGGCCAGACAGUCACAAAUGCCGCUCCCUCCAUUCAGCUUCUCAGUACACUCAUGCAGAGCGGAGUACCGCUGUCUCUGGCUCCAGCUGCCACUGCCACAGUCAAACAGAAGCCCAUCAUAAUCUCGGAGCAGCAACCGGUGGUGCAGCAGAAGCAGCAAGUGCUGAAUUCCGUGAAGAAAAUCGCAACCACUUCCAAUGCUUUGCAUGCCAACGCCAUUCAGCAAGCUGGAAUAAAUGCUGGUCAAUUGGUGCUGCCGGCGCAGAAUUUUCAACUGAAAUUCCACAAACAACCGCCAGCAGCAACGUUCGACGCUAGCGGUGGCAGCCAGGCACAGAUGGUGGUGUCUCCAGUGGCCCAGGGAGUUGUACCCAAAACUGAUGAACAACCGGCCGUUCAGCCCACAUUCGAAGAGAUUUAUCCCAAUUUAUAAUAUUCAGCUGAUGCGACUCACUUCACGUGUCAGAUGAUGGUGCUGUUGCUGGAGUGAUGCCUGCGCGAGUGAUUUCAUGUGUGUGGUAAGUAACACAAGAAUGAAAGAAAGAAAGAAAAAAAACUGAGAGAAAGGAGGAAGAGAUAACAGAGUUGAAUGAAAAAAUGAAGAAGACGAGAUGAAUAAACAGAAAUUUUCAAUGUUGAAA